AUGUCGAAUUAUGCAACAUAUCAUCUAACAUUUGGACAAAUAGAAGAAUCUUUGGGAAAAUUAUGUACAAUUAAAUUGAAAAAUAAUGAAAAAGGGUUAAAAGGAUAUUUAUACAAUAUAGAUCCUGUGACUUCAACAAUAAUUUUAUUACAGGUUGAGAAUAAUUCUAUUGAAAAGGAAUUACCAUCCAAGUAUAAAAUUUUGGUUAUUAUGCACCAUGUUGUAUCAGAAUUUAAAGUAAAUAAUGAGGAGAACGGAAUACCAAGACAUUUAUUAGAUAAAAUGAUUAAUCAAAGGAUUGAAGAUUUUAAACAUGAUUCAGAAAAAAUGCAACAAAGGAAAGAAAAUUUGAUUUCGUUAUUCGAAUCGAAUCGAAUUCAAACAAAUCAUACGAAAGAUGACCCAGUUGUACAUAUUUUAGAUAGAGCACAUGUAUCCCCACCUUAUGUUAUUUCUUCUAUUGAAUUGAAUAAUCCAAGAGAUCAUGUUCACGCGAUCGAUAUUAACACAGGAGAAUUACCCAAUAAAGAAUCUUAUGAUUCCGAUAAUAAUACAAAAAAUUCACUUUUCGACUGUGUAAAAUCAUGGUAUAAACCUAUUUACGUAGAUGCGCCAAAUCACGAAAAAUCUAAGUUACGUUACUGCAAUGGUCAAUUAAGCAAAUCAAAAUUCAUCUUACUUCAUUUGGUGAUGAUAUCAUUAUUAUUCCCAAUUAUCUUGGCGCCAUUGAUUUAUUUUGUAAUCAUACCGGCAAUCCUAAGAUAUAAAAUAAAGAGACUUGAUUUAAACAAGAUAACAAUUGAUUAUAUUGACGUGAUAGAAUGGAAAUCCAAUGGAUUAAAAUUUUCUUGGAAGGCCGUUAUACCAAAACAAUUUUUUCUUUCAAUGCAAACUAAAUUAGCCUCUUUAAAUUUAGAGUUGCGUUAUGCAGAAUCAAUUAGUCUAUUGAAAAUUAGCGUACCAGAAAUGGAAAUUAAUAUUGGUAAACCUAUCGUACUUGAAUUUGAAGGAGAUGUUAUAUUUGAAGAAUUCGGAUUAAAAAAUAUAAUUGGAAAAGUUUCCCAACCUGGUGGCAUACAAGAAACUUCAAUUUCUGCUGUUACUCAAGUCACUGUACAAAUGUGGGGUAUCACUUGGUACAAGAACUUGGAUAUUAAACGAAUUAUUAAAAUACCUAAGUUGGAUGGAAAUUUAAUGUUACUUUGGAAUAACAUGCCUAAAUUCUUAUUAUCCAAAAAAAUGCAACAAGUGAUUGUGCCCAAGACAACCGCCGAUGCUGUCGAUGUUCAUAAACCCCUCGUAAUAGAUGGAAUUGUAUUCUGGCAAAUCCUUCCAGGGUUUCCACCAAUCAAUAUGAAAGCGUUGGACAUAGUGUUUACAGAUGCGGGACCAAAUAUUACAUUAAAGGUAUUGAUGGUGAAUCCAACGGUUUUUUCUGUACCUUUACCUGACACAACCUUUGGCCUACAACUGGAAAAUUCAUAUUUAGCGACGGCAGAUGUUAACGGGUUUAAUUUAAUCCAAGGAUUAAAUGAUCUCGACUUAAAUUUACGACUCACUUUUGAUGAAAGUAGGAUCGUAAGUCCAGAUCAAUUAUGCAAUUCGAUAUCUGAAUCGAUAGGAAAAUUACUUAGAGUGGAUCAAUCAAAUGAAGGGUUACAAUUUAACAUCAUUGGACCAGUUGCACUUAAAGGUGUUGACAUUAUUCGAGACAUCACCGAAAAAUUAUCCCUAAUGUUACCGAUUAAUGAAAUUAUUGAAAAUACUAAUGUUAACCUAUUAAGAAAUCUAUUGGAUGUUAAAGGAAUCGAAAGUUUAUUACACAAGAUACAUUUGGAUAUUAAAGUACAAGGAGAUCAAAUAAUUAUUCCUGCUGUCAUCACCUUACCAAGCUUCCUUCCUUUACCGCCAAGUUUUGAAUUUAAAUAUAAUAUUUCAUUUGGAAUAUUUAAAGGAGAACAAAAUGCUCUCACGGUUGUUCUGAGUGAAAUUUCAAUGACGAAUGAUGAAACGUUAAGGGUUCAAACUACGACCACCUUAACACCAAAUAAUACUUUGGAAGCGGCCGAUGCUUUAGCUUCGAUAGUAAAUCCUUCAUUACUUGGAAACAUUUCAAGCGCUGAUAUAAAGAACUUUGAAAUUUUAAAAGAAACAGGAGAAACAUUCCCUUGGGUCGAUCGAUUACUUGGAAAACGUUUUCUUAAUAUUCCAAUUCCCGGAUUUAAUACGACCGCGAUAAUUAAUAAGAUCACUCAAAACGGAAAAAAUGUUCCAGCGAAAAUAAUUGAAAUGAACGUGACGCAACGAAGCGACGUAGCUGGAUUCGAUGUUAAUGGAACCUUUGCGAUUGAAUAUCCUCCAUCCCUUCCAAUCAUUACUAUUAGUAUUGGGUAUGUGAAAACAUCUAUAUAUAUCGAUGAUAAAUUGUUAACAACCGUCAAACUAUCUAAUGGAAUAGAAUACACCGCAGGAGAAAAUUCAUCAAAUAUUGUCGCUUCCGCUAUAUUUAAUAAAGACGAAAGAUUGAAAUCAACUAUUGCAGAUUUAGUUAUAGGUGUUCUAAGUAUGAAAGAUGAUAUUGAAAUGCAGUUCAUCAGUCUUAGUGGAAUUAAAUUAGGAUCAAGUGAAGUUCAAAAUUUUGUAACAUUUAGCAAAGUUGUGGUACCGAUUAAUUUAGCGACAUUAAGAUCGGCAAUUAAAACGACGAUAGAAACCAUCUCACAAUCAAUCCAACAACAGACUGGAUUAUUAUCAUUAACGGGAGUUGAUUUUGCUGUCACAUCCUCAAAUUCUUUAUCAGUUAAUGUUCAGACGAAUCUUAAUAAUCCAACAAACAUAGCAGCUAAUAUCGGAUCAGUAUCAUUUGUAACUACAUUAUUUUAUGGUGAAUUGGCUAACAUAACAAUAUCGCCAAUUAAAUUCUCAUUAGAAAAAAGUCCAUUAAAUUUACAAAUGAAAAUUGAUAUUGUUAACGGUAAAAAUGGAAUGUCAGAUAAUAUUUUAAAAUUAUAUAAUGAUUUAAUCAGCACUGAAGGAAAUUUUAGAUCAAUCAUCGGAAUGAAAAGCUUAACGAUAUUUCCUCCUUCUAUGACUCAAAGAGAAAACGCUAAUGUUACUUUAUCCACCAUCGAUCAGUUUUCUACUGUACAUAUUACAAUUCCUCCUUCACUUAUUCCCGCCGAAAAAUUAAGAUCUAUUAAUUUAUUAGAAAUGAUUAAAAAUCCACAAAAUACUAUUAUCGAUAUUUCUGGGUUAUUUCCAACAUCAGAAACAACAUUCGCGUUUCCAACUAUUUCAAGCAUUUCAAUCGAAACAAAAGAAAAUUCUCAAUUACAGGUUCAAUUAGCCUUCAAUUAUACUAAUCCAUUACCUAUAGGUGCCAGAAUUCCGUUUUUUGGGGCUACCAUCAUAUUGGAUGGAAAUAAUCUUGUUACAUUCGAAAUCAGCCAAAUUGAUUUUGUGAGAAAUGAAGGAACUAUGAAUGUUGCUUUAUUGAUGAGAUUUGAUGACGGCAAUAAAACAGCCGUGAAUGAAUUUAUUAAAAAUAUUUUAAAUGGAAAAAUCAAACAAAAAAUCGAAUUAGGUGAAAUUUAUUUUGGAGAGUCAAAUGAAGAAAACAAUGAUUUAUUAAGUUUACUUAAUCUUCCAUUACCAAAUGAUUUGAUUGAUGUUAAUUUGUAUAAGGAUAAACUAUUUGAAUUAUCACCGGUUAAAUUACCGAUUAAUUUGAACCAAUUGUUAUCUUUUUCACAAUUACAAUCUGUUGAUAUUACAACGUUAUCUGAUAGGAUAUUAUCAUUACAAAUCGGUGCUAAAUUAAAUAUUCCAUUUGAAAUUAAUGCUAAUAUCGAUUAUUUCGUUAUUAAUGGAAUUACGUUGGAUAACACACAAUUUACCUCCAUUGAAAUCUUUGAAAUUAAGAACCAAAGUGUCGGGAAAAAUGAUAUUUCACUUAGGAUUCAAUGCACAUUUAAUGAUAAGGAAUCAAUUCCACAAUCCGUUAAAAAGGUUUAUAACUCUUUAAUUAAUGGUGAAUUCAUUUCGACAGUAGGUGGCAUUAAUGGAAUUGCACUUGGGAUUUCAAAAGAAGAUUCUAUUCUUCAAAUAGUUUUAAGUCAAUUGGAUAUCAAAUUUUUACCAGGGAAAAUAAUUGAAAUGAUAAUAACAACUUCAAUUAGUAUACCAUUUUCAUUAACGAUGAAUAUUGGGUAUGCCGGCUUUGGAAUCUUUUUGGACGAUCUACCAACUUUUGAUAUAUUAUUGGCUGUUAUGGGUAAAAAAAAUUCUGUUUCGAUCGCUACUUCGGUAAAAAUUAAUGAUUCCGAUGAAUUGGCCAAUAAACUUGGUGAAUUAACUCAAGAUUUCAUUAAUUCUCCUCCAAUGAAAGGAAAUUUUGCAAUUAGAAACCCCAUUAUCGGUAUAUCGAAUGACGACAAUAUUAAUGCCUUAUCGUUAAUUUCUUUAGAAUUACCUUUAGAAAGAUUAAUAACACCAAUAAUUAAGUAUAUACCAAAAUUUAUUGAUCCAAUUACUUUCAUAGAACAAUUUGGAUUUCAAUUGGAUGCAUUGGAAAUUUCAUCAACUGAUAAAAAUUCGAUGUUGGUAAAUGUUGGAGCAUCAUUUAAUAAUAAUUUUCCUAUUACGAUUGAACUUGGAUUUAUUGAAUUAUCAUUAGGAUUAGAUUUAAUCAAGAUCAUUGAUACAAAUUUAUCAUAUUUUUCAAUUGAUUCUGGUGCUAAUAAUAGACUUUCCAUUGUAUCAGAAUUAGUAUUUCAAGUAUUUGAUGAUCAAGUUCCGGAUAAAAUUGCUUCAUUUGUUAAUUCUCUACAACAAAAUAGAUUAGGAGAUACAAAUGAAUUAUUCAGUAUUAAUGGAUUCAAGAUCGGUGUCUCUCUUGAUGAUCAUAUUAAAGUUUUUGAAAAAGUAAUCGUAGAGAUUCCAACAUCCUCGAUUCUUAAUCAAAAAGUCGUCGAAAAAUUAUUAGGAAUGAUUGGACUUUCUUUAACGGAUUUAACAAUCGAGGGAAUGUUAAAUCGAUUAGAUAUUGAUAAUAUCGCAGUUGAUAUGAAUCCAGAUGGACAAGAAUUGGUUAUUAAUGGAGAUAUAGGGAUUAAAAAUAUUUCACUUCCAUUAAACGUUGAUAUGAGAAUGCUUGAAUUAUCAGUUGCAUUAAAUGCUUCGUCAUUUACAAGAGUAAUAUUAACUGAUAUCAAAAUAAUUUCGUAUAAUAAUGUCAUUUCAACAAGAUUUACUGCUGCAUUAAUUAUCCAAGAUUCUGAUGAAUUACAAGAUGAAAUAGCGUCUUUAACCAAAUCAUUAAUUGAAGGAACUGAUGAUACCGUCAUUUCAGGAAAUGCAAAUAUCAAUGGACUAUUAUUUGGUAAUUCAAAUUCCGAUAGAGAUAUUAUAGAUAUUUUUCGUAAAGUAUUGAUUUCUCUUCCGUUAAAUCCAAUAUUAUUAACAAUUAAAACGAAAAUUACAAGUAUUAUUAAAGGAUGUAUAGAUGGUACCGGACCUGUUAAACUUGCUUUGGAUGAUGUAACUGUUGGGAUUAAAAAUUCAAACACCUUAACCACCGAUGUUGUAGCUGACCUAACCGGGCUACCAGAUAUAACUUUUAAUAUCCCAUUUGCAAGUGUUGAUGUUGCAAUUGAUGAUGAAAUGUUUGUGUCAAAUAUUUUUAACGGAAUGAAAUUUAAAAGUGGAAGAUACACGACUUCAGUUGAAUCAAUAUUUCAAGAUAAUAAACAACUCGCCAAUAACUUAGCUGUUGUGGGAUCUGAUUUAAUAUUUAGAAGAUUAACUUAUACUAUAGUAAUGCAAGUUGGAAUAAGUAAUUUAAUAUUUGGACCUUCUUCACAAAAUUCUUUUGGAUUUACCAGAAAGAUCGCGGUAGGAAUGGACGUAGGAGAAUUCAUUAGUGAAUUCUCGGAAUUUAAUCAAAAGAAUAAUUUAAUAAUGAUUGAUAAUAUCCAAUCUCAAAUUACUCAACAAGGAAUAGACGUUUCAUUCACUACUCCUGCUAUUCCCAACUUACCGUUAAACGUCAAUAUUCCUUCACUACUCGCUCACGUAUUCUUUCAAGAUGUUCCUGGUGCUAUAACUAAAUCCCUUGGUAAAAUCAACGUGCAAAAAGGUCAAUCGAAAUGGGAAUUUGGACUUUUCCUUAUUAUUGAAAAUGGUCCAAUGUCUCAAGCUCUAGAGACGGCGGUUCCUAAUUUACUAAAAUUUAAAUCAUUUACCCAAGGUGCUUCUCUUGGUUCUGUAACCCUUUGCACUUCCAAAGACUGUCUAAAUCUUUCAGACGAUUCGUUUAAAAUAUUUAAUGAGAUAUCUUUCGCACCUCCUCCAUUAUUUUUAUGGAAUCCUAUCGCUAUAGAUUUAGUUGAAAUAGUUUCUACAAUUAUUCUUGAUGUUUCAUUUAAAAAUAUUGGUCCACUUCAUGUGGAUAUUGGUGAUUUUGUUUUAUCAUUAGAAAGUAAUGGUAUUUCAAUAUUUGAAAUAUUUUCAAAUCAAUCCGUUGUCAUUCAAAACAAUUUGGAAAAUUCUGGUCAAAAUAUUAUACCUAUAGAAGCAAAAUUGACUUUAAAUCCAGUAGAAAUUCCUAAAUUAUUAUUAGAUUUUAAAAAAGAUUUCAUCAUCUCUUUAAGAGUGAGUAGAGAUGAAGAAGGGCAAAUCGAAUGGUUAAAUGAUUUAUUGAAGGAAUUGCCACAAACCGUUUGGAUGAAUUUCUUACCUAUUUUACGAGGAUUAUUAAAUAAUAUUAAAUUAGGCAUUGAUUUAACCAAUGAUAGAAAUGAGGAAGUUGAAGUUACAGUUCCUCCUCUUGAUACUGAGGAUGAUAUAGUUUCUGACGAUUCUUCUACACUUUCUCAACAAAAUAAUCCUUCUGAACAACCUGAAGACAAAAAACCUAGUGUAGGAAACAAAAUUAGCACAAAUCCAUUUGAAUCUAUUUCUUUAACUAAUGGAGAAGGCAAAAAGAGUAUAAUUAAACCCUUUCUUUCUUGGACCAUUAAAGCUUAA